CGCGUCCCCUGCGAUGCGGUGCACGUCCUUGAACUUUGUGCCACACGAGAGUCAAGGUGAUUUAUUGGCCCUCACCUGUGGAUAGACAAUUCUACAUUGUCUCGUUCCUCUCCCCCCAACGCAAAAAAGCAUUCAUCAUACACAUGCCUGGCCGCUCGAGCAGAAAUACGCUCUCUCAGCAAUCCUUGAGCAGUGAUGAUGCAAACAUUGUAGCUGCCGUCGCACAGCAGAUGCACACAUCAUGGGAGAAGAAGAAGAAAGAGAAAGAAAACAAGUUUGCAAGGGAUGCGAAAUCGUCCCUGGACAGAUGCGUGUCGAACAGGGCGACCGAAUACGCCGAAGCUAUGGCAGAGUUCAAUGAAGUGUACGAAAAGUUCAUUAUGGACUAUGCGGCAGUGGAGGACGAGAUUCGCAAUCUGUGGGUCCAUUUACUGAGGGAACAGCAGAAGCUUCUUGUUCUAGCAGAGCAGAAACACAAACGCGUGGUAGAGAGCGAGAAAGUUCGAGAGCGUGGCCAAGUGCAAGGCAUGGCUAUGGCCAAGAAAGCCAUGGAAGACUACAUCCAGCUCGCCAAUUCUCUGCGAAAUGUCGAGUCCUGAACGACGGACGGCGAACAGUCCCUUCAUUCCACAUCCGCGUAGCUAUGCAGAGAAGUAUCGUUUGCACG